GCCGUGUGUGUGUCUGUGCCCGUGUGCGCGCGGCAGCGUGUGUCACCGCAUCCAUCCUCGCCUCCGCCGCUGUGACCCGAGGGCGAGUCUCGGUGGGCGUCCGUCCUCUCUCCUCCGCGAACAUGUUCCGAAACCCGUGGCUCUCUAGUUACCACGUGAACCGCGAGCCGCCGGGUGGCCAAGAGUUUGGAUCUAAAGCUCGGACCAAGCUUUGCAGCUCGGCCUCAUUGCCAACAGAGGCAUUAAGUUUCCAGAGUGACUUCUCCCUGAGCGACAACACCACCUUGGUCAAGAGUGUUUCAGAUACAGAUGCCAAACUCCUGGCCGUCCUUCCCAAGGUUUCAGAGUUGAAGAAACACUUUGAGGGAGCCGUCACUGAGGAUUUGGGAAUGAACAGGAAGGAGAGAGUAGCUCGGCGCAUGGAGGGGAUUGAAAUCGAGGCUCCUCCUGCGCGGGUGCCCGGUGGUUUGGUAGCCAACCGGAUGCUGGAGGAGGAUCAUCCGCCGUACACGCGCGCCUCCAAUCCAUGCGAGCCUUGUGUGAAGGUGAGGCGCUACAGUCGAGAGGAGUUGGAGGCCCCCCAGAAGAAGCUUUCGUCUCAUGACAGAUCGCCUCAGGUCAAAGGUGGCGGUGGCAGCGUCCGCCAGGAGCCAUCGCUGGUGCAUGUUGACCCAGUAGCGUUGUCCACCUCCUCUACACCCACUUCUGCCCCCACAAACCCCACCAGCCUCAGUUCCAAGGCCGAACGCAUUGCCCGCUACAAAGCCGAGCGCCGUCGGCAGCUGUCGGAGCGCUACGGCAUCCUCCUGGACCAGGAGCCGGACAUCGAUUAUACGCCACGCUACCGCUCGCGACGUGACACAGACGCCUCCGACCGACAAUCGGCUCCCAGGCCAGAAGGGGACCGACAGGAAGCUCAGGAGCCCAGAGUGCCGUAUCGCGCCGGAGUGGGCAGGGUCUACAUGAGGACUAACCCAGAUCCAGCCCCUGUUUCCACCGCCGGCCCCGCCCACUCAAACCAAGCCCCUCCCCCCACACAAGAAAGGCCCAGAAGAUUUUCAGAGCGGGAAAGAGCGAUGAACAGGGAGAACCAGCGGCGCGUUUCGGGUCAGGAGCGCCCGGCCGCUUCCAGGUCUAGAACGCAGGAGCCGCAGACACCUCAGUCCCAACACCAGGACGCCGCCCAUCAGGAGGCAAGCCCCGCCUCCAGCAGGGAUUACAGCAUGGCAGCGGUGCCCACCUCGCCCCGCACCGCCCGCCGGGCCUCCCUGCCCUCCACCCGCUACGGCAUCUCUCCUGGGGAUUUGUUCAUAGAGCAGCAAGCCCAAAGCAUCCUCAACAGACAAGGAAUCCGGGUAAGAGAACGAUUGUCCAGGGAUGAAAUUGUCCAGAGGCCCCCCGACUGGAGUCCAGACCUGCCCCAGGCUAACAGACCCCGUACUCAGGGGAGCCCUGCUCACUACGCCCCACAACAAGCAGAGCCCGCCCAGCAAAGGAGCGCUCCCGAUCCUCAGCCCAGUGCAGCCCACCAUUCUGCCCACGGCCAAGCAGCCUACCCGCUGUCCGUCCCCGAGUACCAACACCCCAGCCCCACUGUCGACGCGCAGCCAUAUUUGGCCCUCCCUGCCCCAGUGGCGGCUGCCAAACGCCCCGGACCCCCCGAGGUGCAACCGCGGAGGAGAGUGAGUGCCGAGCAAGUCCAUGCCGCCCACAGGGAGGCCAGAGGGGCGGCCCGGCAGGCCCUGAAGGAAGAGGCCCAUACAGAGGGCCUGCUGAAGAGCAGGAAAGCCGUUUUGCCAUCGGAGAUCCGCCGGAGGGAAAAGAGUGCGGAUGACACUCCCAGGGGCCGGCACGAAGACAUGGACUGGCAGAAAUACAGCCCGGAACGGAGGACGACAAGUCAAGGCGAGGAGGACUGGGAUCGGGAGAGACCGAGGGAGACGGAGAGGGGGAGGAACGUCGAGAGGAUCAGAGAAAGAGGGAGAGACGUGGCUUGUAAUGACAGCCAAGAGGAGAGAGCAAUUCAAUCGAUGCAGCCUUCUCACGCCGCAGCAGUCCAGCAUCCAACGCAGCAUCAACCCUCAGAGCCUCUGUACCGUCAAGAGCCCCAAAUUCAGCAACAGGGGGCCCCAGCGCAACAACACGAUGAACCCAGAAAGAGACAACAUGGUGCUCAAAUUCAACAGCAGGAACCUCCCAUGCAGCAGCAGUACGACCACCCGAGACAGCCGCAAGAGCCCCAAACGCAACAGCACCCUAAAAGACAGCGGGAGUGUGAGCUCCAAAGAGAAGAGCCUCCAAAUCAGCGGCAAGACUCCCGGAGAAAUCAGCAAGGGCCACAACCAGAAGUGGAGCCUCAGAGGCAGCAGCGGCGGCCGGACCCGUCGGGGAACCAGAUGUUUGACACAGCCAUCUAUAUGCAGAGGGGCUCCUCUCUGCCGCAGGCCCAACCGAGAAGCCUGGAGGUGAGCGGAGGGCCCAAACCCAAGAUAAGAACCCGCGCCAUGUCGGACAUAGGCAUAAGCCAGCAUUCCACAAUGUACCGCAUGGAGAGGGCAGCGGCCGGCAGGGAGACGUCGAGGGCCGCCCCUGCACCGGGGACGUCUAACGGGGAGAUGGGCUCCCUGGACACCAGGGUGUCAGUGGCACUGCUGCGACACUCGUACCUGGAGAACGCCAACCGGAAACCUGAGCUAGAGGCCGCCAAAGUAGAUCUGUCAGCCACGGAGGUAGAGCCGGCGGGCGGCAGCGAUCGGGACCGGGGCGCUCGCAAGCCCCGGCGCUACAUCACCCCGGGGGACAGCCGCAUGUCGGAGAGGUUUAGGACCCAGCCCAUCACGUCUGCAGAGCGGCUGGAGUCAGAUAGGUCUCGUCUGAGCCCAUCGAAGCUGCAGGAUCCUGAAGAUGAAGGAAAACUGGAUGAUAGAGCCAAGAUGAGCGUGGCUGCCAAGAUGUCUCUCUUCAGGGAGCUGGAAAAGACAUCAGACGGAAGUAUUCCCAAACCACGCUCUCGAAACUCUGCCGUUGAGAGGCGUCUGAGGAGAGUUCAGGACCGCUCACACACUCAACCCGUCACCAACAGGGAGGUCGUCGAUGCUUCGAGCGAUCCCGCCGCAUCGCCACAACUUGUGAGCAGCCACGGCGCCGCCCCCCGUGUCCCGAGCCCCACUGGAGUCCCACUCGCCAGUGUGACCAGCAUCAGCAUCCCGGCCUCCUCGCAGGACCCGGCAGUCCAGCAUCGGGAGAAGGAGACGGAGGAGCACCACCCACCAGCUGCAGCUCCCAGCGAGUCAGAGGGCCGGCUGCUCCUCCCCGACGAGCCGGACCUCUCCACCCUCCCCUUGGCAGAGAAGAUGGCCCUCUUCAACCGCCUCGCUCAGCCCGCAACGGGCAAGGGCGCCGAGGGGGCCCGAGGAGACACCCGCCAACGCAGGGCCAACGCCCGGUUUCAGACUCAACCCAUCACCCAGGGAGAGGUGGAGCGGGAAGCAGAGCCGCGGCUAACCUCCGCCUUGUGUAACGGUGACUCGCGGGCCAAUCAGGGACAACAUCUGAAAAACGGGGGCGAGAUCAAACUGGAGCCCCUGUCGGCCUCCCUGAUCCGCUCCGUGGCAGCCGUCACCUCCCAAGCCACCGUCGCCACGGUGACCGUCACGCCAGGCAGCAGCGGCGCCGACGACGACAGCGGCCUCCGUCCGAGGAAGUCCACCGCCGUGCCCUGCAUCCCUGCCCAACAACAGGCUGCCGGCACUUCGAGCAGCCACCAGGAGAGGGCGUUGAUGUAUUUCUCCAUGACCCAGAGCGGGGACACGGGCCGCCCCGAGCCCGGGCUCGACUCCUCCCCGCUCCUCCAGAGAGCCGGGGCUCCUCGGGCUCCAACCUCCUCCACCAGUCACAGGCAGCAGGGGGAGGCGGCGGUGGAGGAGCGCUGGAGAGAGCGUCAGGAGGAGGAGGUGAGGGGGAGACGGCAGGGAGGAGCCAGAGGAGAGAUCCAAGACGGCGGCAUUACGGGAAAGCUGCACUCCCCCGACAGGCACCGGGACAGCAGGCGGCAGCAUCCCCAGCACUCUGCCGAGCUCUCUCUGCAGGGGGGCGAGUCGGAGCCUCUGCCCAGCCGGAGAGCCGCAGACGGACGCUCCCACGAGAGCAGGGAGAGAGCGGAGGGAGGGGGAAGAGGAAGAGGAGGGUGCCUGGGAGAGGCAGCUCACGGCGCCUCCGCACAGAAGCAGGAGAAGAGCAGCAGCCGGAGCCAGCCGGGCAUCUCAGACCUGCCGGAUCAUCCCGCACCGCUGAGGCCCCCGACAGCUAAAGUCUCAUCCAGGACGGUGUCUCACGUUUCAACCAGCCUGCAGCCUCCUCAAACUCUCCCCAAACCCUUCACCCAGCAGCCCGCGCCCACACCGGCCAAACCUCCGGCCGACAGUCAGCCCCCGCCGACGUACCCCAGAGCUUCCCCUCAGUCCCCGCAGACGCAGGCCAGACCUCAGGGAUUCAUCCAGCCUCUCCCUAAGCCCUACCUGCAGACGCCCCCCAAACCGCAGUGCUUCCCCCAGGCUCCGGUCCUUCCCCAGUCCCUGGACCCCGACGAGGACUUCGGCAGGGACGGUGCCCAUUCUGCCGAUCUGCUGUCCCCCACCGAGUCCGUAGACCUUUCGCCUGACGGCAUGUCCGCCAAACAGAUGUCCAUCAAGGAGAGGGUGGCACUGCUGAAGAAGAGCGGCGAGGAGGACUGGAGGAACAGGAUCAACAAGAAACAGGAAGUGGUUAAAGCGGCGUCCACCGAGCAGCAGGCGCAGCAAUGGGAGUCCGAGCCGACCUGCGAGAAUACGGAGGAAGGGGUGGUGGUUCAGGAGCACUGCGCUGUGUCUGUGUCUGAGCAGCUGUGGGAGCCUGUCUUCUCCUCCACCUUUUCUCCUACUAUCUCCCUCGGCCAAAAGUGUCAGUACAUUGACCAUCAUUGUCAGAAGAUGGGAGAGCAGAUCGAGGCCCAGAUGUCCAUCGAGGAGAGAAAACAGAUGAUCUCCGUCCGGGAGGAGGCCUGGAGGACAAAGGGCAAAGGAGCAGCCAAUGACUCCACGCAGUACACCGUGGCCGCUCGCAUGGUCAAGAAAGGCCUCACUGCCUCCUCCUCCGUCAUCAGCCCCAUCCUGUCGCCGGUCUGCACCAAACUCAAGAGCAGCAUGCCGGCUGUCAACAAACCACAAGAGGAAAUUGAGGCGAGAUCAGAAAUGGAAUCGGACAAGAAACUCGACAAGUUGGAGAGCUUCUUGGGACGUCUGAAUAGCAAAAUGGCAGGUCUGCAGGAAACCACCCUAACAGUUACCGAUAGGGCAGUGAAGGAAGUGAUGAAGCUGGACGACGAAAUCUUCUCCAAGUUCUACAGACGCGUUGCCGAAUUCCCGCGCGUGCCCACCAGGAUCGAGAUCAGCGAGGAUUUCGACUCCAUCUUUGGUUGCCAGGGCCCGAAGUUGACGUCGGCCAUGGUGCAGCACAAGCGGUCGGUGCGUCCCUCCAGGAACGUCCGGGCGUCCAGGAACCCUCUGAAGAUGCUGGCGGCCAGAGAGGACAUCAGACACGAGUACACGGAGCAGAGGCUGAACGUGGCGCAGUUGGAGAGCAAGAGGAUGAAGGCCGAGAAGAGUGAGCUGACUAAAUCCUCGGAGUACUCUGAGGCCGCUCUGGCAGGUCUGGCCAGUAAAGAAAACUUCAGCAGCGUGAGCCUGCGCAGCGUCAACAUCUCCCAGCAGAUGUCAAACAACAGCGCCGUGCCGUACAAGGACCUCAUGCUGAUGCAGGUCAAAGGUCGUCGUCACGUUCAGACCAGAUUGGUGGAGCCGAGGGCGUCGUCGCUCAACAGCGGCGACUGCUUCCUGUUGGUCGCUCCAGAGCACUGCGUCGUCUGGCUGGGAGAGUUCUCAAAUGUCAUCGAGAAGGCCAAGGCAAUAGAUCUGGCCGCCUUCAUCCAGGCGAACAAGGACAUGGGCUGCAGGGCGAAUCAGGUGCAGACCAUUGAGGAGGGGGUCGACCCGCAGGGUGCAGAUGCUCAGCAGUUCUGGACAAUCCUCGGAGGACAGACCGCUUACCAACCGGCCGGUCCCCCGGAGGAGGACGAGCGGUUUGAGAACGCCAUUGUGGAAACCAACUGUAUCUUCAGACUGCUGGACGACAAACUGGUCCCUGAUGACGACGCGUGGGGGAAGGUACCUCACAGCUCUCUGCUGGCUUCCAAGGAGGUGCUGGUGUUUGACUUCGGCAGUGAGGUGUACGUGUGGCACGGAAAAGAAGUGACUCUGGCUCAGAGGAAAGUGGCCUUCCAGCUGGCCAAGCACCUUUGGAACGGGACAUUUGACUACACGUGCUGUGACGUCAACCCCCUUGACCCUGGAGGAUGCAAUACACUCAUACCCAGGAAGGGCCAGGGCCGUCCCGACUGGGCCGUAUUCGGCAGGCUGACCGAGCACAACGAGACCAUCUUGUUCAAAGAGAAGUUUGUGGACUGGACAGAAGCGAAGUCGCCGACGCCAAAGGAAGGCGGCGGCGAGCUCGUACCCGAGCAGAAGGAGACCCCGGGGCGAGAGUGCCGGCCGUACGACGCCACCUUGAUGCUGCCCGUCCUCCAGUCGUCCAUUUGCACCAUCCUGGACGGGUCGAAUGUCGGCCGCGGCCACGGCCCCGUGGAGACCGAGGACCACAUGAGGACUCAGGAGAUCAGCACGGCCUCGGUGGACGUCUGGCACAUCCUGGAGUUCGACUACAGCCGCCUGCCGCGCCAGAGCAUCGGCCAUUUCCACGAGGGAGACGCCUACGUGGUCAAGUGGAAGUACAUGGUCAACACCUCAGUUGGUCGUAGGCAGAACCCCGAGGCGAGGAGCAGCGGCCCGGGGAAGGAGAGGUGCUGCUACUUCUUCUGGCAGGGUCGACACUCCACCGUGAGCGAGAAAGGAACGUCGGCGCUGAUGACGGUGGAGCUGGACGAGGAAAGAGGGGCGCAGGUUCAGGUGCAGCAGGGAAAAGAGCCUCCGUGUUUCCUGCAGUGCUUCAACGGCGGCAUGAUCGUCCACGCUGGCAAGAGGGAGGAGGAGGAGGAGAACACUCAGAGUGAGUGGCGUCUGUAUUGUGUGCGGGGCGAGGUGCCGGUGGAGGGCCACCUGCUGGAGGUGGCGUGUCACUGCAGCAGCCUGCGCUCCAGAGCCUCCAUGAUCCUGCUCAACAUCAACAAGGCCGUCAUCUACCUGUGGCACGGCUGCAAGACGCAGCUACACACUCGCAGCGUGGGGAACACGGCCGCGCUCGAGAUCAAACAACAGUGUCCUCUGGAGGCGGGUCUCCACAGCAGCAGCAAGGUGACCAUCCAUGAGUGCGAUGAGGGGGCGGAGCCUCCGGGCUUCUGGGAGGCCCUGGGGAGAAAAGACCGGAAGGCCUACGACUGUAUGCUGCAAGAUCCAGGAAACUUCCACUUCACCCCCCGGCUCUUCCAGCUGAGCAGCACAUCUGGAGACUUUGUGGCGAGUGAGUUCUUCCACCCGUCCGGAGCUCCGGGCCUGGUCAGCUCGCUGCCCUUCCUGCAGGAGGACCUGUACAACGCGCCACAGCAACCCGCGCUGUUCCUGGUGGAUAACUUCCACGAGGUCUACCUGUGGCAGGGCUGGUGGCCUCAGGACGGCGAGAGCACCGGCUCGGCUCGCAUGCGAUGGGAUUCGGACAGAAAGUGUGCGAUGGAGACGGUGCUGCAGUACUGCAAAGAGAAGAACGAGAAGAAGCCUCAGAAGUCGUAUCUGGUCCACGCCGGCCUGGAGCCGCUCACCUUCACCAACAUGUUCCCCAGCUGGGAGCACAGAGAGGACGUGGCCGAGAUCACCGAGAGGGAGGCGGAGGUGUGUAACCAGAUCAUUCUGGUGGAGGACGUGUUGGCCCGGCUGUGUCAGAACACCUUCCCUCUGGCUCAGCUGCAGGCGCGGCCGCUCCCAGAGGGCGUCGACCCGCUGCGCCUGGAGAUCUACCUGUCCGACCAGGACUUUGAGGAAGCUUUGGAGCUGACGAGAGAGGAAUACGAAGGUCUACCGGGGUGGAAGCAAGUGAACCUAAAGAAGGCCAAAGGGCUGUUUUGAGGAAGUUUGUAAAUCAAAGAUGGAAGCGGAUGAAAUACAUAAAUAAAGUGCGGCUGAGAUGGAGACACAGGAAACCGGUUUUGAUUGACAUCGGAGACGGAGGGACGUUCAUCGAGGAUGAGGCCUCGCUUACAGUCACGUUUUACCUUUCAACUACGUAACGCAAAGGAGACCCGACCCCCCCGACCCCCCGGGGUGAGAGGAGUGAGGGCGCACACCUGGUGCUCACGUGUCCACGGAGUCGCCGAAAGGCCCGUGAAAAGGUGCACACCAUGACGCCCGGUGCCCUGCUUUGGUCGCGUGUUUGUGUGUGUGUGUGUACGAUUUGUAUAUAAUGUUUGUGUGUACCGUCGAUGUAAAGGUGUGCGUGUCCAUGUAAAAUUGUGUCAGGUCACAUGUUGUGGGGAGUUUUCCUUUGUUUUAGUUGUUUUGUUCUACAGUGAACAGCUGAAGUGACUCUCGGCUGAAAGGAGUUGAUAUUUAAAAAAAGGUUUGACUUGUUGGAGAAAGAAGAAGAAGCAGCAGCUCUGAAUGUAUAGUGCCUUGCUUUUUGUGUACAGUUUAUAUACAGAAAUUAUAGUCUGCCAUUUUUAAAGACUUUCUUUGUGAUAUAAGACAAAGUGAAUUAAAUCGCGAUGAUGCUCAACUCGA